AUGGGGAGGAGCUCCCUGCGCUCGCCUCCUCACUCGCUACCAGCUCCCGCUCGCGCCCUAUUGCUAACUCCCAGUCUCUCAACCGCCCUUUUCGCAAAGAAAAAGAAGAAAAAGCCUGUGGAGGAGACUUUCAUUUCUUUUCCAGAUACCCAUUCCUUGAGAGAGCGAACUCAGAGGAAGCCGAGGGCCGAACCUGAAUCGGAACAUGAAAGUGAAUCGAAAGCCGAGGGAGAACCAAAGAGUACACAUUACCCCGCCACAGAACCCUACUCAGUACCCGAGCACAAAUGGAACGGCAUACGAGAAACCGAGCCCACCCCUGAAAACUGGCCCGAGCCUGGACCUCGUUGGGAAGAGGCAUAUGGCAUUUGGAAAUGGGCCUGGGAACUACACGUGUAUCUUUUUGCCUCCGUUUGUCUCUGCAUAGGCUUCUACGCUGGGUAUUUCGUCAUUGCCAACAUUUAUGACGGGCUAAAAGGAAAGUACUUGAGUGUAAACCUAAAUAUCUUAGUGGCCCUUUUCGGAUUCACAAGGGCCUUUGUCUUGUACCUGGACCCAUACCACCAAGGGGGCAUAAUUCACAAUACUGCCGCGAUGCGCGUCAUUUGGUCCCUUGCUGGUCCAUGCUUGACAGCAUCUGACUGCUUGAUGAUAUUAGCUCUGAUUGAAACCGCGAAAAUCUCCAUUGCGCCACCUAAGCUCCAGAAAUUAAGCGUUAAUUUAAUCGUUAUAUGCUUGCAUUUCACGCUUGUUAUAACUACGGAUUGCGUCGUCUCUGAGUACGUUGAAGCCAAAGCGAUGUUGCUAUUCUGUCAGGUGUUCUUUGCCACGUGGGGUACUGUUCUUGGAACUUUAAACUUCAUUCUGGGGUACAAAUUGGAUAAACAGCUUUUCAGCCAUAAAAAGCCGAAAGAGAAAGCAGACAAAAUUUACAUCUAUCUCAUUUACGCUUCGGGCGUGGCAAACUACUUCCUGUGUGGAAUUAUUGUUUACUCGGCGUUUGGCGUGUUUGGUGUUUAUUCAGACGUGCAAUACGUUGAUGCCUGGUCGUGGUGGGCCUUACAGACUCUAUCACGUUUCAGUGAGAUCUUAGCAUGCGUUUUAAUAUUCACAGUAAGUGCCAAACGAACCCGGGUUAAGAACGCCGUUGCCCAGGUGACGGGGGAGAAAUGUUUGGAGUCAAUUUCCACAGAGGAAAACAGUUCGUCCAAAUUCGCGACGGGAAGACUUGCCAAGUGCUUCAAGCGUAGAAAGAGAGUCUCCAGAGAUGAGAACGGCAGUGUGAUAAGCUUGUUCACUGCCCUCCGUGAAAUGGCUUUAGUGCAAGCCACUGGAGGAGAUUUGCAUGGAACGAACCCAGUUCCCCGGAUAACUUCCAAUGGGGAAUGCUGGGUAGAGACCAAGACAAUGUGCUCCAUUAUACAUCUGCCGGGAGCGACAGAGCUACAUUGCCAUGGCAACGAAUUAGACGAUUCACUUGAUAGCGAAGACGCAGAACAAAGCGAAUACGUAGAGCUUGAAUUUAGAAGACUGAAACAUACAUCUAGAAGAUCAAGCAUGUUUACAGCCCUUCACGAGGCCAAGAAAACAAAAAUAGAGUUUUCUCCCGGAGGGAAAAGUUCAGAGUUCAAUGCUGGUAAAUUUGAAGAAGAACCAGAGAUGAAAAGCCAGAACUCUGACAAGAAUUUGGGCAAAUGGUCCACAAAUACGCUACCCAAUGAAACAGACUUUGACAUAAUUUAGCGGAGAAUCAACGGGUUUUCGGUGUUGAGCAAGUUUUCAAAAUGAGCUGUCCCUGACGAAACUCCCUUAAAGGAAUGUGUAACUUCUCUCUCUCAUGUUUUAAAAUGACCACAGCGCCAGCAACAGUACAGUAUGGCUGCAUUUGACUUCUUUAUAUGUUUGAUCAUAGUUAAUAGAGGGAAUGGCCCGAUGAAAAUCAAAGAAGCAAACAGUCCUAAGAUUUACGUUGGAAGGUCCCUGAGCCUGCACAUCUUUUGUUUCGUGGUCAUUGACUAUGUAUGAAUUGCGUAAUUGCAAUGCUUCUAUUGGCUAGUUGUAUGAGCGUACAUAACUACCUUUUAUAUUUUGCCAGGUUUUGUGCAGUGUCAAACCCGAAAAUAGCCAACAAAAACAUACAACAGAGAACUUUGCCAGGUUUCUUGACCAUCUCCCUGUAUUAAGUAUAGUUUAAUCAAAAUGGCGCAGAUUUUAUAGACACGCUAAAGAAUAGAACGUGGUUUUCCAUUUUAAGUGAUGUGAAUACGAAUAACAGUCGACGCACUGAGCCGGUGUCGUAGGCCCAAAGCCAAAGUAAUCACUCUAGCCAAUCAAAAAGGACGUAGGCAGGCAAUUGUUAUUUAAUGAGCCAAUUAUAACACAUGUGGCCAACACAGAGCGCGGGAAAACGUGUGCGAGUGAGUCACAAUUGGUUUUGGUUUUACUUCUGAUUGGAUGACAAAGUGGGGCGAUUUUUUCUAGCCAAUCGCGUAUUUUAGUAAGACAAAAACAAAGAAAAUGCGAAUAGCUUUUACAGAUAUUCAUUCAGGGACUCUGAUCACUUGUUUCGCUUUUCUUCGCAUCUUGUCAAGGCACAAGACGGCAUAGUCUAGAGGUUAGGGUCCUGGACUUUUAAGAUGUUAUCAGAAGUAGUGUGGGUUCAAAUUGUCGAAAAUUGCCAAUUCCCUCUUCGAGACGCGCCUGCAGGGAAUCAUAGUAGUUGUCUUCAUCAAUGUAAAAUACAGGGCAGGGUUGUUGAAAGCCCGAUUAAGCUAGCUCAGGAUUAGCGAGAAUUAGUUUGA